ACAGCUCUUGCAGAAUUCACUGAGGCAGAUGAAGCAAUGGCAGAGCUAGCAGUUGCUGAUAAUGUCUUCUUGUUCCUGACUGAAUCUGUUGUGGGGUCUGAAAAUUUCUACCAGGAGGAAUUUUACAUUCGCAAAAUUCAUAACCUUGUCACAGACUUCCUUGCACUCAUGCCCAUGAAAGUAAAACAACUGAGAAACCGUGCCGAUGAAGAUGCUCGCAUGAUUCACAUGAGUAUUCAGAUGGGUAAUGAUCCACCUAUUUCCCUUCGGAGAGAUCUGGAACAUUUAAUGCUUUUAAUUGCUGAAUUGUAUAGGAAAGACCCCUUUAAUCUGGAACUUGCCCUUGAAUACUGGUGUCCAUCAGAACCUUUGCAGACGUCUACCAUCAUGGGGUCGUACCUUGGAGUUGCUCAUCAGCGACCCCCUCAGCGCCAGGUUGUCUUGUCAAAGUUUGUUAGGCAAAUGGGAGAUCUGCUUCCUUCCACAAUUUACAUCCCAUACUUGAAAAUGCUGCGGGGACUGGCUAGUGGGCCUCAGUGUGCCCAUUACUGCUUUAGUUUGCUAAAAGUCAAUGGCAGUAGUCAUGUGGAAAACAUCCAAGGAGCAGGUGGCAGCCCUGUCUCCUGGGAGCAUUUCUUCCACUCUUUGAUGCUUUAUCAUGAGCACUUAAGGAAAGACUUGCCAAGUGCAGACACUGUCCAGUAUCGUCACUUGCCUCUCCGAGGAAUCACACAGAAAGAACAGGAUGGAUUAAUUGCCUUUUUACAGCUGACCACUGUUAUAGUAAAUUGGAGCGAGAAUGCUCGCUUGGCUCUUUGUGAGCACCCUCAGUGGACACCAGUAGUGGUCAUUCUGGGACUUCUGCAGUGCAGCAUUCCUCCUAUUUUGAAAGCGGAGCUAAUAGAAACCCUUACUGCUUUUGGAAGAUCUCCUGAAAUAGCUGCUUCGCUCUGGCAAUCCAUGGAAUAUACACAGGUAUUACAAACUGUGAGAAGUCCAGGCCAGAGACAAGCAAUUGGUAUUGAGGUUGAAUUGAAUGAGAUUGAGUCCCGAUGUGAGGAAUAUCCUUUAACUCGUGCGUUCUGUCGACUCAUCAGCACAUUAGUGGAGAGUUCAUUUCCGUCUAACUUGGGAGCAGGUCUUCGCCCACCAGGCUUUGAUCCCUAUCUUCAGUUCCUCAGGGAUUCUGUGUUUCUCCGAUUCCGCACCAGAGCUUACCGGAGAGCUGCUGAAAAGUGGGAAGUAGCUGAGGUAGUUCUGGAAGUGUUUUACAAAUUGCUGCGGGACUAUGAACCUCAACUUGAAGACUUUGUGGACCAAUAUGUGGAAUUACAAGGAGAAGAAAUAAUAGCAUAUAAGCCACCUGGAUUUAAUUUGAUGUAUCAUCUAUUGAAUGAAUCCCCCAUGCUGGAAUUGUCCCUUAGUUUGCUAGAAGAAGGGGUUAAGCAGCUCGAUAUGUAUGCUCCGUUUCCUGGGAAGAAGCAUUUAGAGAAAGCUGUACAGCAUUGCCUUGCGCUUCUAAACUUAACCCUGCAGAAGGAGAAUCUUUUUAUGGAUCUGUUGCGGGAGAGCCACCUUUCCCUUAUUGUCACGCCACUGGAGCAACUGCUUCAAGGGAUCAAUCCUCGCACUAAAAAGGCAGAUCAUGUGGUGAAUAUUGCUAGGUAUCUUUAUCAUGGAAACAGCAAUCCUGAACUGGGUUUUGAAAGUGCCAAGAUUUUGUGCUGUAUUUCUUAUAAUUCCAACAUCCAGAUAAAGCUUGUUGAUGAUUUCACGCAUGAUCAGAGUAUUAGCCAGAAGCUGAUGGCUGGGUUUGUGGAAUGUUUGGACAAUGAAGAUGCAGAAGAAUUAAUUAAUCCAGAUGAAGAGCUGGAGCCUGAAAAGAAGCGGGCACGAAUCCAUCAUGAAACAAGGAUCCAUAUUCUGAAUCUCCUUAUUACUUCUCUUGAGUGUAGUCCUCCCAGCCUUGCUCUGUAUCUCUUGGGGUAUGAACUAAAGAAACCUGUCAGCACCACAAAUCUGCAAGAUCCAGGUGUCUUGGGUUGUCCACGGACUUGCCUUCAUGCUAUUUUGGACAUACUGAAGAAGGGUACCAAAACAAGGAAUGGGCCUACAGCAGUUCAGGAAUCUCCUCAUCUUGCAGAACUCUGUUACCAGGUGAUCUAUCAGUUGUGUGCAUGCUCUGACACAUCAGGUCCAACUAUGAGAUAUCUGAGGACCAGUCAGGAUUUCUUAUUCACUCAGCUGCAGUAUUUGCCAUUUUCUAUCAAAGAACACGAGAUUUCAACACUGAACCAAAUGUCUUGGCUGAUGAAGACUGCAGCUAUAGAAAUGCGAUGGACACCGCUGACCCGCCAGCGCUCCCACACACAGAGACUGCUGCAUCUGCUGCUUGAUGACAUGCCUGUGAAACCAUACUUGGCUGAUGGUGAAGGAGGGAUGGAAGAUGAAAGUCGAUCAGUCAGUAGAUUUCUCCACUUUGACACUGCUUCCAAAGUUCGCAGGAAGAUCUUAAGUAUCCUGGAUUCAAUUGACUUCAGUCAGGACAUUCCAGAGCCUUUACAACUGGAUUUUUUUGACCGGGUUCAGAUCGAGCAAGUCAUUGCUAAUUGUGAGCACAAGAAUGCACGUGGACAAGUGAUCUGCAACGUCAAGUACCUUCACAGAGUUCUGGUUGCAGAAGUCAAUGCCCUUCAAGGAAUGGCAGCAAUAGGCCAGAGACCUUUACUUAUGGAGGAGAUCAACACUAUCCUGCAGUAUGUAGUGGAGCGGAACAAGCUGCUGCAGUGCCUCCAUGCCAAGAGGCAUGCUUUAGAGUCAUGGAGACAACUGGUGGAAAUCAUACUCACUGCCUGCCCCCAGGAUCUCAUACAGGCUGAGGACAGACAACUGAUUAUCCGCGAUCUAUUGCAGGAUAUGCAUGACAAGGUCUUAGAUGAUGAUGCAGCUCAGGAGUUGAUGCCAGUGGUAGCAGGGGCUGUGUUCACCCUGACUGCCCACCUGAGCCAGUCUGUGAAAACUGAACAGAGACAGCCACUUGUGCUCCCCAUGACAGGACAGUCCCAAUAUGUCUUGAUGCUGGAUGGUUCUUUUACCUCAUCACCUGGCUCUGAGAGCAUAUCCAUGGGUUUUGCUUCCAUUGGUGACUCCUCUCUCCACAUCAUCUUAAAAAAGCUGCUGGAUUUCAUUUUGAAAACAGGUGGUGGCUUCCAGAGAGUGAGAACACACCUUUAUGGAUCGCUGCUUUAUUAUUUGCAGAUAGCCCAGAGACCAGAUGAACCGGACACUUUAGAAUCGGCUAAAAAAACGAUGUGGGAACGUCUGACAGCUCCUGAAGAUGUGUUUAGUAAAUUGCAACGAGAAAACAUGGCAAUUAUUGAGAGUUAUGGGGCAGCUCUCAUGGAGGUGGUCUGUCGCGAUGCUUGUGAUGGUCAUGAGAUAGGCCGGAUGCUGGCACUGGCUUUGCUUGAUCGUAUUGUUUCAGUAGACAAGCAGCAGCAGUGGCUCUUGUAUCUGUCCAAUAGUGGCUACCUGAAGGUGCUUGUGGAUAGCCUAGCAGAUGAUGAUCUGACUCUUCAGAGCUUGCUCACACCUCAGCCCCCUUUACUUAAAGCACUGUACACCUAUGAGUCCAAAAUGGCGUUGCUCACCAGAGUAGCUAAAAGUCAGCAAGGGGCAUUAGAGCUGUUACGGUCUGGAGUGAUUGUGAGGCUGGCACAGUGUCAAGUGUACGACAUGCGACCCGAAACAGACCAUCAGGGGUUCUUGCGGGUGAUUGCUCCAGUGGAACGUUAUCGCCAGAUUCUUCUUCCAGCUCUUCAACUGUGCCAAGUGAUCCUCACAUCCAGCAUGGCACAGCACCUGCAAGCAGCAGGACAAGUUUUGCAGUUUCUAAUUUCCCAUUCAGAUACUAUCCAGGCAAUCCUGAGGUGUCAAGACGUAAGUGUUGGAUCGCUCCAGGAGUUGGCCUCCCUGACAGGAAUAAUCAGCAAGGCAGCUUUGCCUGGAGUGCUAAGUGAGCUGGAUGUUGAUGUUAAUGAAGGGACACAGAUGGAGCUACAAGGACAUAUAGGCCGAUUUCAGCGCCAGUGCUUAGGACUUCUCAGUCGGUUUGGUGGUUCAGACAGACUGCGUCAGUUUAAACUACAAGAUGACAAUGCAGAGGGAGACAGAGUGAACAAGAGGGAUGAAAUUGAAUUGGCCAUGCAACAGAUCUGUGCAAAUGUGAUGGAAUACUGUGAGUCACUUAUGUUGCAAAGCGCCCCCAGUUUUCAGCACGCUGUUUGUCUGUUUACUCCUAGCCUGUCAGAAUCAACCAACCGAGAUGGGCCUCGUCAGGACACACAAGCACCGGUGGUCCCAUACUGGCACUUGCCUGGCUUGGGCAUUAUUGUCUACCUCCUGAAACAGAGCACUAGUGAUUUCUUCAGUUACUAUGAUAGCCAUCGUCAGAGUGUUAACAAACUGCAAAAUGUGGAGCAACUCCCACCAGAUGAAAUAAAAGAGCUAUGUCAGUCGGUUAUGCCAGCUGGGGUUGACAAAAUCUCCACUUCCCAAAAAUACCUUUUGGCAAGGCGACGCCUGGUGAAGCUAAUAAACAACCGAGCCAAGCUGCUUUCUCUUUGUUCUUAUAUUGUAGAAACAUGUCUCUUCAUUCUUUGGCGUCAUCUGGAACACUAUCUACUGCAUUGCACACCCGCUGACUCCCAAGAUCCGCUGCUGUCCUCCAGAAUGUCAUUUAAGAAAGGAAGGCUGCAAGAUUCCUUUGGUUCAGAGCCUAACUUGGAUUUCGGUAGCAGACUGAAUCGAGUGAGCCAGCAUGAUAUAGAACAGCUUCAGAUCGAAGCCACAAACAGCUUUGGUGAAUCUCUGCAGAAGAAGCUUCUGGACAUCGAAGGGUUGUAUUCUAAGGUUCGGUCGCGAUACACCUUUAUUCAAGCUCUUGUUAGACGAAUCCGUGGUCUCCUAAGGAUAUCAAGGACCUAAAAGACACUGAUAUGUGUUGCUUUGUCCCUUGAAGCAGUGUACUAGGGCAGGCCUUCUGGAUCAUGAGAUUUUAUAGAUCAUACGUUUUCUAAAGAACGUCAAAAAUAUUUUGUUACUUUUUUUUCUUAUCCCUAUGGAUCAGUUUGUGUAUUCUUUCCUACUGCUCUCAACUUGGCAGGAAAAAUAAAGGAU